AUAUGAAAUAUUCAUUUAAAUGGAAUUUGAGGAUCGAGAAGCUCUGACCGAAGCAUCUUUCUCACACUAGGGUUUAAGGAGAGGAGCAUCGGAGAUACCAGCUUUUGUUAAACAAGGCCACUAUUGCGACGAUCCCUAUUCUGGAAUCUUCUACCCGCAACAAUGACUUUCUGGGGUAUUGAGGUAAAGCCCGGAAAGCCUAUCACUCAUUCUUGUGAAGAGGCUAGAGGAAGGCUCCGAAUUUCACAGGCGACUUUGGGAAUUGGUCGAGCCACGACGAGGACUAUAGUACAGUGUAAUGUGGGUAACAGAAGUCCCGUCUUGCUCUGUGUAUUGCUGCCCAACAAAACGGAGUCAUGCCAUUUAGACUUAGAAUUUGAUGAGGCGGUUGAUGUGGUUUUUUCUGUUAUCGGCCCACGAAGUGUCUUCCUCACUGGUUACUAUGUCCAUCAAAGUCGGCAGUCAAACCUCCAAAGUGAUACAGAAUCAUAUGGUGUGGAUAUUGAAAACACCCAGACAGAGGGAUCUAGUUACUGUAGUGAUGAUGAUAAGUAUGAUGACAGUUUUAUUGAUGAUGAUGAAUUACAAGGUUCUCCCAAGUCUCCUGUUUUAAGCGACAAAGGAAUAGAUGAGGUUAUGCUGGAAAAUAAUAAGCCGAAGGACAGAAAGGGUCGUGGGAAACAACUUAAGAAGAAAUGCCGAUUGAUUGAAUCAGAUAAUGAUGUUAAUUCACAUGAAAGUGAAGAUGAAGAUGGCCACACUUUAUCUGUAUGUAAGAAUAGAAGAGCCGACAAGACAGUUAUGUCUGAUGCUGAAGAAAAGAUUGCUCGGGUAUUGGUGGAAAUGGGUGAUGAUGCAAAAGCUGAUGCUGUAUGUGGUAGCGAAUCAAAGCAAAUGGUUGAUCCUCUAGAUAUUGAUGGCAUGCUAAAAAGGGCGACAAGAACGUUCUUUGGUGAUGGUGAAAGUUCUGAGGACAACAAUGAAAAGAAUAAACUUCCUGAGGAAGUGGAGACUCUUGAGGAAAAUAUUGUUUCCAAUAAGGAGGCCUUAACUGGUGAUACGGUUAAUGAAAGCAAUGGAGAAGAUCAAAUGCAAUCCCUUGAUAUUGUAAAACCAAAAAAGAAAAGAAAAGAACGCUCUGUGAAGGAGGAGAAAACCUUUGAAGUUCAGACUGACAACAGGGAGCACAGUGCGGUCGGAGAGGAUAGAGAGCAUGAGGUUCAGGCCUCCACUGAUCACAGGGAAAUCGAUGCAAAUGAUUCAGUGAACACUCCAGAAUUGGGCUCUGCAAAUGGUCAAAAAUCAAAGAAGAGAAAGAAUGGAAUUACGUUGGAAGAACCACAUGCAGAAGGAAUUGACGAAAAACGUCACUGUGUCCAUAAGGAUGAUAAUUUCGAGGAGGGUUCACUAUGUAUUGACACUAGGACAAUGGAUCUGCUAACUGCUAAUAGAGAAAAUGAGGAGCAACUGAGGUUGGAAGAAGCUUGUACAGAACAAAUUGGCGCAACAUAUCAGAAUAAACCUGAAGAGUAUAAAACCGUCCAAGGUUUACAACUUGCUGACAGCAUCCGAGAGGAUCUAUCAGCAGCUAACGGAGAAUAUCGGGAGCAACAGAUUGAUAACAAUACCAGCACAAAUCCUGAAUUACUAGCAAAUGAUCAUCAACCUGAGAAGAAGACUAAGAAAAAGAUGAAGCAAACUCAAGGUGCGAGUGACUUGAAUAUGCAUGUGUCUGAGCUGAAAGCAAAUCAAGAGACGACGCUCAUGAACUUUGAGGAUCAGACUACAAAUGCAGUGCCACUUCAAAAGAGGACCUUGUCAAAUGGGUUGAUUAUUGAAGAGUUGGCAAGUGGACCACCAGGAGGAAAAUUAGCUGCCCCUGGUAAAAAGGUCAAAAUUUAUUACACUGGCAUGUUAAAAGAGACCUGGCAUGUUUUUGACUCGAAUGUUGGGAAAACUGCUUUCAAGUUCCGGUUAGGGGAUGAAGAAUUUAUUGAUGGAUGGAAUGUUGGUAUUGAGGGUAUGCAUGUUGGUGACAAGAGGAGGUUGAUCAUCCCACCUUCUAUGGGUUUCGGAGAUCACGGUGUGGAAAAUAAUGUCCCACCAAACUCAUGGCUUGUUUAUGAUGUUGAAUUGGUUGGUGUCCGCAGAUGACAUAGCUGUUUUGUCUGGCUUUGUUUUAACUUUCCUCUCAUCUAAUUGCCCUCGAAGUCCUGGAAGAAAUGAGGAUCAAAGCAAGAUUUGUGAAACGGGGUAUGAAGCUAAAGGUCCAGCUGAUAAUAUAUUUUGAAUUGCAAAAGUUCUUUUCUUUUUUUUUUUUUUUCCUUUUAUUGGAAAUCGUUGGGGUGCAAGUAUGCAUAGAACUUGAAUAUUUGUAGAAUACUAUGAAGACCUGAGCAAAAAGUUCAGAAACAACCCGUGGAAUUAUUUUGAAUUUGCAGUGUGAAUCAAUGUAGUGCAUAUGACAUUCUGAAUCUGCCCCUUUGACCUCUUUAGUCCUGCAUGGCAGCUCUGUUACCCCCACCCAAGUACCAUUUAAGUGGGGACUGUCUAUUGAUAUCAAUUUGCAGUUUGUUUAGUUUUGUGAAAAAAUUGGUCCUUCAGGAAACUCAAGAACAAGAUGAAAUGAAUGGAGAUACCACUAUUAUCUGCUGG